AUGAGAACUUAUUGCCUUAUUAUGUUGUUCCUCUUCCACUUUGCCACCGUUACAACCGCCACAUCGCUUAUGAGUAUAAUGCUUCCUUUAACUUUGAACGUGAAUGAUGGUUUGGUGAUUGAGAUGGCAAAUUUCGCGGUAACAGAGCAUAACAAGAGAACCAAUGCGAACCUGAAGCUCGCACAAAUCCUAAGUUGCUAUGCAUUCACAUCCGCAAUUAGCAACGCCUACACCAUUGAACUGUUGGCCAACGACAUAGCUGAUCAGACUAACAAGUACAUUGCUCGAUUAAUUGAGAUCUUCUCAGACCCCACCUACAAGCUACAAAGCUUUCAACUUUCACCAUGA